GCAAUUGGUCAACUGUCAAUAUUUAUUGUUUUUGCGGUGCUUUCGGUAAUAGUAACAGUGAUAUCAAUACAAAACUAAAGAGUAGUCUCCAUUUCAACGAAAAAUGAGCAAAAUUUUCUGAUUACAAACGAAUGCACAGUUUACCGAGUAAAUAAGUUCACGCCUUUAGUUACCACGCCGAUCCGAAACCAUUUCAAUUGCUUCCCUAAUCGCCCAGUCAAUUUAGUCACAACAAAAUGCCUAAUUCGUUGCUUCAGUACAUAAUAUUUCCGGUGUUUGUAAUUAGUCAAGUUGUGUGUAUCGAACGUGAAAUGACCACCUCGGUUGAGGCUGGCAGUAAAGACUGUUUUUAUCAAUAUAUCAAAGCUGGCGAAACGAUUGACAUCGAGUACCAAGUAAUCGAUGGUGGACAUGGAGAUCUGGACAUCAGUUUCGAAUUGGCUGAACCGGGUGGACGGAUUGUUUACGCCGAUUUCAAGAAGUCUGAUAACAUACAUCGACACAAAGCACCAACGGAUGGUGAUUAUCGUUUCUGUUUUGAUAACACAUUCAGUUCAUUCAACAAGAAGACGGUUUUCUUUGAGAUUAUCAUUGAAAUAGAAGACGGUAGUCACGACAGUGAUGAUUGGGGUAACGAUAUCUUUGAAGGAUUAAGUCCAGAAGAAUACUACGAUAUGAAGGUGGAAGACAUUCAAAAUGCAAUCAAUCGUGUCCGUGCAUAUCUAUCGAAAGCUAGACAGACCCAAGACAUUUUGAAAUCGUUCGAAGCACGGGAUCGUAAUGUUGCCGAAGAAAACUAUUUCCGUGUGAAUGCCUGGUCAAUUUGUCAGAUCCUGUUGAUGUUGGGCGUGGGCAGCAUUCAAGUGUUCAUGGUGCGUAGUCUAUUUGAAACUGAUUCAAAGGUGAAUACAAUCUGGAAGAAAUUGUCUCUCUAAAUUUGCGGGAAUGGUCCAUCUAUAGAAAACAGGAUGAUAUUAAUUACAAUGGCAACCUAUACCAAAGACGAACAAAAUCUGAUUAUUUUGUAGCUAAAUAAGUUACAUUUAAGAUCACACCUGUAAAUUCGUUUUCGCACAAUUUCUUAUUUGGAAUAUAUUUUGGGUUUUAAGUAC